AUGGCUGCUGCAGAUGUUCUUUCAAAUAUACCAUCUUCGUUUAUCUAUGAAGAUUUAGUUUCUCAAGUCCAAGCCAUUCAAUAUCAAAUAAUCGAAAUGGAAAAUAGUAUUAAUAAUCAAUUGCAAAUAGACAAGAAAGUACAAAAUGAAUUGAAAUCUCGUUCAUUCACAUUUAUAGACCCAUAUGGAAAUCGAAUAACAAACAACUAUAUGGAUCAUGAAUCAAUUAGUAAAAUAAUUCAAGAUUUUAAGGCAACUUAUGUACCUAAAUAUCUUCAACAAUGGAUACAAAUUGGGACUAAAAAUGAUGAUAUUAUCUCGCUAUUGAGUGAAUCUCGAUUGAAAUCUACUGUAUCUCAAUAUGAGAAUGGUUAUGAAUUUGUUUCAUAUGGUGAAAUAUCUGUAUUUAUUGGAAAAGAUGAAGAUCGCUGCCCUCGAAGAAUUGUUGUAAAUAUUUUAUUAAUGGAUAAUAUUAAGAAAAUGAAAAUGAGAAUAAAACAACAACGACGAUUUCCCGAUUUGGAGUUAAGAUCAUGUAUUAUAGAUCCAAAUAAAAGACCAAAUAUAACAAAUUGGAAAGAAGGUGCGGUUUUAAAAUUAGAAGAAACUGUUAUGUCAAAUCAAUUGUAUCAAAAUAAUUGUGUCAUUUUGGCCAAAAUCAUUGAUAAUAAAUUUGAUAGUGAUAGCAGCUGUGAUUUUCAAAUAUUUAUGAAAACUCUUACUGCAAAAACUAUCACUCUAAGCGUGAAUUCCGAAAUGAAUGUAUUAUCUCUCCAAGAAUUGAUUCAAGAUGUUGAAGGUAUUCCUUGUGAUCUACAACGUCUUAUAUUUCAUGGAACGCAAUUAGAAAAAGGCAAAAUUCUUUCAGAUUAUCAUAUAGAACGUGAAAGUACAAUUCAUUUAGUGUUAAAACUACGAGGUGGAAUGUAUCAUUUUACAAGUGGUCGACAAGAUUUUCACAAAGUACCAUAUGAUAGUGCUAAUACUAUUCAAAAAGUUCUAAAAUUCAAGUUUAAAGAUAUGAAUCAUACUCAACAGUUAUCACCAUCUCAAUUACAAAAUUCUAUUUUACAAGCACAAACGAUUCUGUCUACUUUAUAUCGUAACAUUAAAGAGUUUUCUAUCUCCUCUGAUGUUCCAGAUUUGAAGAAUAUUAUUUUACCAAUAUCCAAUAAUAAUGACGAUAAUAGUAAUGAUGAUGAUGGAAAAUAG